GCAUCCACCCAGAGAUGAUUUUCUCACUGUGUUGUUUGGUAGUGACUUUGAUAAUGUUUUUAAUUUUGAACAAAAUGAAACGACCCAGCAAGUAUCCGCCCGGUCCAACCUUCAUUCCGAUAGUUGGGAACUUCUUGAUUUAUCGAAAGCGACUGAAAGUACUUGGAUAUCACCAUUUGGUAUGGAUGGAAUUAUUUCAAAAAUAUGGUGACGUCGUCGGUUUGAAAUUGGGACGAAAUUUGGUAGUUGGUGUUUGUGGACCGUUGGCUAUACAAGAAGUAUUCGAGAGAGAAGACUUUGACGGACGACCAGACGGAUUUUUCUUCAGGAUGAGAACAUUUGGCAAACGGUUAGGUUUGGUGUUCUCCGAUGGUUCAUUCUGGAGGCAUCAAAGAAAAUUUUCAAUUCAACAGUUGCGAAAUUUCGGUUUCGCUAGAAGAGAAAUGGAAGAAAAAAUCCAAGAGGAAACCGCAAGUAUUGUUGAAAUAUUCAAGAAACACAACUCACAACCGAUUGACAUGCAUAACGUUUUCGGUAUUUCGGUUUUGAAUGGUUUAUGGGCCAUGAUGGCCGGAGAAAGAUUGGAUUCAGAUGAUGAAAGAUUGAAAAAGCUUCUAGAAAUUAUCAAUGAUUGCUUCAGAAUUGUAGAUAUUUCAGGAGGAUUACUCAAUCAGAUGCCAUUUUUGAGACACGUUGCACCAGAAACUACUGGAUAUAAUAAGUUGAAAGAAAUAUUAGACAGAAUGUGGGAAUUUUUAGAGGAAACAAUAACUGAACAUAGAAAACAUUUGGAAUUGUCAGAACAACCCAGAGAUUUGAUCGAGGCUUUUCUGCAACAAAUUCAUAUAAAUAAUGAUCCAACUUUUACAGACGAUCAGUUGAUGUCGGUGUGUUUGGACCUUUUCAUGGCAGGAGCAGAAACGACUAGCAAUACAUUGGGAUUCGCAAUAUUGGCAAUGAUUUUAUAUCCGGAAGUUCGGAAGAACGUUCAAGAAGAGAUGGAUAGAGAAAUUGGGAGGACCAGAUCACCAACCUUGAAGGACAGAGUGAGAUUGAAAUAUACCGAAGCUGUGCUUAUGGAAAUUCAACGUCGCGUCACAAUUGCCCCGUUAGGAAUCGCCCACAGAGCAGUUAAAGAUACAGAAUUUAACGGAUAUGAAAUACCGGAAGAUACGAUAAUUUUGACAAAUUUAUACAGUGUGCACAUGGAAAAAUCGUAUUGGAGAGAUCCGUUUGAAUUCAGACCAGAAAGAUUUUUGAAUGAAGCAGGAAAUAUUAUCAAGCACGAAGGUCACUACAUUCCAUUUGGAGGCGGCAGGAGGCGCUGUCUUGGGGAGUCUUUGGGAAAAGCUAAUGUCUUCAUGUUUUUCACUGCAGUGCUACACAAUUUCAACAUAGAGAAGUUUGGUGAAGAGGAACUCACACUAGAAGGCUUUGAUGGGGUUACGAUGGCACCGAAGCCUUUCAAGGCAAAGCUCAUUUAUAGGAAAGACUGAUUCUUCAUACCGAAAAAACUAUAAUUUGAAUCAUAGUAAUACUAUAAUAAUAUACGUCCGUGGUGUGAAUCUAUUAUGCAAUGUCAUUUUGAGGGAACAGAAGUUUUUUAUGUUUUUUUUCUAAGAUGCAUAAAAUCCCUAGUGUGAUCAUUAGAGCCCCUUCUCUUUGUAAAAUAUUUUUUCAGAAUCACUUGAUCCAGAAAGGCGCUAAUCGAAGACCAAAGGGAAAUUUCUUAACGAUAAAUUGACAUUUCACUGCCAGAAAUUAGUAUAGUGAAAAAUGUUUAGAUACUGAUUCAUAAUAUGUAUGAAGAUCUGAAUGAUUGUUUGUAAUUUUGGGGAUUGAUGCAAAUGUGUUAUGUGCCAAUAAUUGUUAAUUAUUUUACAAACUGUAAAUUGAAACUGGAUAUUUGAUUGCAUUACGGAUUUCAAACUCACAUACCGCACGUUGUUUCUAAGACGAGAUAUUGUUGUCUACUCUUUAUUAUGGAAGUCAAUAGCAGAUCGACUAACCUAACUUUCUUUACUUUCCUCAAUAAGCAUUUUUUGGGAAAAACACAUUGCCAUCAUCAUUAUUCCAAAUUGUCUAUUGAAAAUAUGUAUAUUUCGAUAUUGAAUUCAAUUAUAAUUCAAAAAUCUGAGUUUCUUGGAACAUAAAGCCCUCCGCAUUUGAAACAUUCAAUCUGUGAUGAACGAAUUUCAUACUAAUAUAACCCAUUUUCUGUAAACCGAUAGAAUAUGAAAGAAUUGAAAGCUAACCACCAAAACAGACUUUUACAGCAAUGAAAUUCCUCUUUUCAAUAAAAUCAGCAACAAAACUGACAGUCAUGAAAUUACCAUCUAUUUCUGUCCAUCCAAGCAACUCCAAAACAUUAUCAUGCAUAGUGCAUGUGAU